AUAGUAUGAAUUUGUUAUUAUAUUUUAAUUUUAAUUUUGUGAUUAUGGAACUUUCAACAUAGUUGCAAAAUAUGCAAAUUUGAAUCAUUAGAAUUGAUUUAACUAUCCACAUAAAUGAUUUAAAUUUAUCAUUAAUCAAAUUUAAAAUUCGCAAACCAGUAAUCUUCUUGACAAUAAUUAAUUCAUACGCAGUAGUUUGCUUACUCCCCAAGAGAAGAAAUAAAAUUCCAAUGUCCUGCCCAUAACGAACAGCUUUGCUAUAAAUUCCAAACUUCGACGACUAGAAUUCCGUUACUUCCGCACUCUCCCAACGAUAUUCUCUAUUCAACAGGCGAUUCUGUUUCGCGUUAACAUCACAUAUACUACCGUCCGUAUAUAUCACCUGCACAGCCAACUUAACAAACUCCGGCACUCUGUUCGCCGCCGCCGCCAUGACGGACGAAUACCACCGAGAACAAACGCUGCCUCCUCUUCACCUGAAGGAUCUCAAGGCCAUUUCCGCUCUCGGUCGCGGCGCCAAAGGCUUUGUGUUCUUAGUUCAGGCGGAAGAAGACGGCGAAUUGCUAGCUCUCAAGGCCAUCUCAAGAGCUUCGGUCAAGAGGAACAAGGCUAGAACUGAUGGCAGCGACUACCGACGAAUCUGGUUCGAACGAGACGUUUUGAGGUCGUUUCAGCACCCUCUUCUUCCGAAGCUGCACGGAGUGGUGUCCACUGAAAAAAUCGUUGGUUAUGUUAUUGAUUAUUGCUCCGGAGGCGAUCUCAAUGCUCUCAGAAACAAACAAACGGAGAAAAUGUUCUCCGACGAUAUUAUCCGGUUUUUUCAGAUUUUACGCCGCGGAAUUGGUACUCGCAUUGGAGUAUCUUCACGGAUUAGGAAUAGUGUACAGAGAUUUGAAGCCAGAAAACGUGAUGAUUCAAGAGAACGGACACAUAAUGCUGAUCGAUUUUGAUCUCUCCACAAAGCUUUCUACAAAAACUCCAGAAAUUCGUCAACCUAUUGAAAAACCGCGUGAUAAGUCAUCAGAUCGAAAGACGAAGAACACGAAGAAGUUCAAACCAUUCCACAUGUUAUGUAAUUCGGGAAUUUCGCCGGAGGACAUUGUCCAUCAGGCGGACCGUCCUUUAUCCAGAUCCAGCUCAGUGGAGAAGACGAACUCCUUCGUCGGAACAGAAGAUUACGUGGCGCCGGAGGUCAUUAUAGGCAACGGCCACGAUUUCUCGGUGGACUGGUGGAGCUUAGGCGUGAUGCUAUACGAGAUGCUGUACGGGAAGACACCGUUCAGAGGCUCGAACCGGAAGGAAACGUUUUACAGAAUAUUGUCAAAGCCGCCGGACCUUGCCGGAGAGGCGACGGCGUUGAGGGACCUAAUUGGGAAGCUUCUGGAAAAGGAUCCAGAACAGAGGAUCUCCAUGCAGGAAAUUAAGGGCCACGAAUUUUUCAGAGGCGUAGAUUGGGAGUCGAUUGUAAAAAUGCCAAGGCCACCGUUUAUUCCGGUAUCAACAAGGGAUUUUGAAGCUGUGAAGGAUAAUGAGAAAGAAAUUGAGGUGGAAUCAUACAUGGAAGGAAUGGUAGCGGAAGGGAGAGUCAAAGAUAGUGAAGGGGAGAAUAGGAAUAUUAGAGGCGUGUGGGUUGAAGGAUUGAAUCAUCCCACGCAACAAGAGCAUUUUUUGGUUUUUUAAUUAGGUUUGUAACUGUUUAAUAGCCACCACUAGUAGUCCACUAUAUACAACAUUCUCGAUUCAUUUCGUAGGGGCGGUUUGGAUCUGAUUCAUGUUUCCGGUCUUUUCAGUGAGUACAAGCAGAAGUAAUAGCGUUUGGGUGAAAAUACAGAAGUGAUUCUGUUACUCUAAUUUACUCCUAGUUUUUUAGAAGUUGAGGGAGACCAUAUUUUGAAAAUUGAUUCUGAUUCUGCUUCUACUUUAAAAAAAACAAGAAUCAGUUUGAAACACCCUUAGUGAGUGUUUGCAAUUGCUUCAACUUUAAAAAAGUGAUUUUUUAAAGUAAUUUUGGGAAAAGUGAUCAAUAGUAAAAGUUGAUAGUGUUUGAGAAAAAAGUGAUUCUGGAAAAGUAAAAGUUGGUAGUGUUUGGUAAAAUAAGUACUUUUUGUGUAAUAGAAAAAGUGAGAAGCAGUUUAAAGCACCCUUCUACCUGUUUCCAGCUUUUAGCUUUUAAAUGAUUAAUUUAAGCAGAAGCUGUCAUUUGAAAACACUCUUUUCAACUUUUUUUAAGCCAAAAGCUGAAAAGUGCUUUUUUUUAAGCAAACUCAAACACUCCUUUAAAAGUGUUUGCGAUUGCUUGUGCUUUUUUAAAGUGAUUUUUUUAAGAGAUUAUUGGAAAAGUGAUUUGUAGUAAAAGUGUAUAGUGUUUGGGAAUAGAAGUGAUUUUAAUUAAAAGGUAGAAGUUGAAGUGUUUGAUAAAAAAGUGAUUUUUGAUGGAAUAUUUUGUUGAAGUACAAAACAGCCCCUGCAUAAAUGAAUUUGGGAUGUACAUUGGUUCUGUUUUCCGGUUCUUUCCUCCGGGGGCGUCAUACCCUAUUUUAUUCCCUUGUCGCAAGUCGGUAUUCGGUAAAGCAGAAGCAGGCAAACUCACAUAGCUUGACCUGUUUGCCAACAUCAAAUUAAUACCUCUAAAGAAUCUGGAGUAGCACCAAGAUUGGAUGGAGAGUGCCGAAAAGCUACCAGCAAAGGAAGACGGGACGAGAAGCGAUGGAAGAAGAUAACUGAGAAAGAAGGUUUAGUUAAAAUAUACGAAGAGCAAUAGCAGGCGGAGGAAGAGCAAUGGGAAAAAGAAGGUUUUGUACGAAGCUGUAAGGUGAGGUACAACCAUGGCAGACAAAGGGAUGAGCGAGGAUUGAGGAACGAAGCUGACAGGGAGGGAGAGAUAAUGGAAGGGUAGUUUGGGUUUAAUAAAAAUAUUUAACCUAAUAAGUUUCCCUGAAGUUUGAAUUAUUUACAAAAAUACCAAGAAGCUAUUAAAAGCAUCCCCCAACCUGCUUUGAACUUCUAGCUUAAAAGUGCUUAAAUUAAUCUAAAAUUUGAGUUUGCAAACACUCCUUUUGGCUUUUCUCACAGAAAAAGCUCAAAAGUGCUUUUGAGAAGUGUUUGCAAACACUCCCUUAGAAUGGUUGAAUUGGCUUUAGAAUGUUGGAUAAAAAUUUGAGUUGAAAGAUAGGUAAUCCAACUUACAAUUUUAGCAAUAUUCGUUGAGAGAUUGAAGUAAGUACGAGUAUAUUUUUAAAUUAGCUCACACGAUGUGACUACUUUGCUUCCAAUAAGGAGUACAGAGCAGAGUACUAUUCAGGUCCAGCUGGAGGGACGGAAGUCUCUGUCCGAACUUCGCCGUUUGGGGUACUUACCGCUGGAAUUUUUUGAUUAAUUUUUUUUACCAUGUUUCCCAUCAAGUCUAGUUUGGUCAUACCAAAUUUCAGCUCAAAAUUCGAUCGUAAAGGC